AUGAUGGGGAGAGGACUCUUCGUUUUGACAAUCCUGUCUAACUGCGCUCUGUCAUUGCCAGUGACUCACAGUCAGCUGGAGAAUGAGGACGUAAAGGUGAUGAAAUGCAUUGUGGAGGCGCUGGCAGAUGUGCUAUCGAGGCCCCACCCAAUGCCCGUCAGUCAGGAGUGUUUGGUCACACUGAAGACAGACGACAGACUGGUUUCUAUCCUUCGCCAUCAAAACUUCCUGAAGGUGCUGCAGGACAUCGCUGUUCAAGGUCAUCAGGAGAGAGCUCAGCACCAGAGAGACGCUGGUACUUCUGAACAAUCAACACAAACUCCUCAGGCUGCAGACGAUGUCGCUGAUCGAUCCAUGUUGGAAGCUUUAGGAGGCCCAGGUGAACAAUCCAUCCUGUCCCAGAAGAAGAGGACAGGAAAUGGAGACGGAGAGGAAGAAAAGGAAGACAGCCUGGUAGAUGGAGAGUCACAAGAUGACAAUGGCGUUAUUGAGGAGGUAAAAGAGAAGAGAGAAAACGACAAGAGUCCAGGAAGCCACAUUUCUGCAUCUGUGGAGGAGUGGAGAGAGGGCAAGGCUGAAAAGAGGGAGGAAGAAGAAGGAGAAGAUUAUGACGAGAAGAGAGCUAAUUCAGAGGAGGAACACAUGAUCAAGGAUAAGAAAGGUGCUGGAUUUGGUGAAAAGAGAGAUGCACCCAGAAUCAAAUCAAAAGAGAAGAAGUUUGAUGAAGAAGAUGAAGAGGAGAAAGACAAGAGAUCUGCAUAUUUAUCACACAGGCCUAAACAAGAGGUGGAAAAGGAGGAAGAGGAGGAUGAAGGAGAAAUGAAGAGAGAGAGUAAGGAGAGCCACAAGCGAUGGACCAAGAGGGGGAAGUCGUCGCCAAUGAAGAAGAAAGCAGUCGGAAAUGAGGCGCAGCAGGAAGUGCCACAUCACUCGAGAGAGGUCGCAGAGGAAGAGGAGGAGGAGGAGAAGAAGAAGAAAAGGAACCCACAGAGGAGUCCAGAGGAGAAGGAGCUGCAGAUGAUCGCCAGGGGAGGACCAGAGGAGAGGAGGGGGUCGGAGGAAGAGGGGAGCGCCAGCCGGAAGUCAGAGGAGCCAGAGAUUGAAAGCCUGGCAGCCAUUGAGUCAGAGCUCGAAGACGUUGCCCAGAAACUCCAUGAGAUGCGGCGAGGCUGA